UUAACACAUUGUGUCCGUAUUUGGGGGUUCUACCCCAACGAAGGAGUUAACAUAAUCCGUGAGAUAGCAUCCGUGCGGCCAUUUCCACAGAGACCUGCUGCAUAGCGCUUUAUGCAAAGCUCUAUAAAGAGUACAUUAAUCUCAAGAAAGGAAAAUAUACAGAGAUGGAGAAGAUGAUACGAGAACAAGAAGAGAAGUUCAAGAAGCAUGUUGCUGCUGCUCGUGACAAAGAAAAGAACAUGAAAAGUCAAAUAGAAAAGCUGUCCAGGCAAGUGCAUGAGUUGAGAAGUGAAUUGUCAUCAGUGAGAUCUACCAAAAAUGAACAACUAAUUCACUACCAAAAUCAAUUGAUGGAAGCGAACCUAAAAAAUAAAGAGCUAUCUGAAGAAAUUGCUAGGCUUAGAACUGUUGAGCGACCGAGACAAGACAAUAACCCUUCCCGAGAUGAUGAAAACGGACAAGCAAAUAAUCACAAGGAUGUUUCAUCUCAUGCAAGGAAGCGUAAAAGGCAAUCUCCUCCUCUUAGCAUUGAAUAUCCAGUAAAUGAUGAUACAUCUAUUGUUGUCAGGAAGGGAACCUUAGAUGUCCACGUGAAGGAAUCUGCUAAAGAGUUAUUAUGUAAGAAAAUGAUAGAGGCUCCGUGUUGUAGAAGAACAAAAAAUGAUUCAGCAAAUGAGGCAGCUGAUGAUGCAGAACGUGUAACCUGUAUGUUUCAAGAACUGGUUGAGUGCAUUGUUCAGAUGAAACUAUCACCACACAAGGAGAAUGGGGAAAAUUUUAUCUCGUUCCUACACGAGCACAGUGGUUAUUCAUUUACUUUAAGAUUAAUAGAAAACCCAGAUGGAGAAGCAGAAUGGUUAUACCGGCUUUUGUCACUGGGAACUCUGGAUAGAGUAGCAAAAAAUUGGAUGAGAGAAAAUGUGAUAAUGUUCAGUACAAGAAUGUGCCCCAUCAUCUUUCAAGGGCUGUCUCGUGUUAUUGAGCUUAAUACUUAGGUAGUUAAUUAACUGCUGGUUAGUGGGCUUUGUAUUUUAUCAGCUGGUUGUCGUUAGAUAAACUUUCAGCAUUCAAAUUUGUUCAGCAUUAUUUUGUCAGUCAUGUAAGUAGUUAAUUUUUCUGCUAGUCUUUCCUAUCGAAGUGCCCGCAUCAGUAAAUUUGACACCAUGAAGUUUUAGUUAUUAUUUUUUCAUUUCAA